AUGCAAUGCUACACGGAGCUGACACCUCCCACAGCUGUCACGCAUUCAUUAAGCCUACCUUUCACAUCCGCCGAUUCGAACAACCUCAUUGUCGCGAAAACCUCCUUGCUCCAGAUCUUCGCAACCAAGGUCAUAGCAGUUGAGCUCGAUGUCCCAGCAAAAGGCGAGCUGUCCGCGGAGCAGCUGGGCGUGUUCGAUAAGAGCGCGAAUGACGAUGACCGAUUAGAAUCUACAUUCCUGGGAACAGGAUCUAUGGUUCCCCCACCAAGGGCAAACAGAACAAAGCUUGUCCUUGUGGCCGAGUACACCCUAUCUGGAACCAUCACAUCAUUAGCGCGGAUCAAAACCCUUACUUCGAAGUCCGGAGGCGAAGUGGUAUUAUUGGGAUUCAAGGAUGCGAAACUCAGUCUGGUCGAGUGGGAUCCCGAGCGGCCGGGAAUAUCAACCAUAUCGGUCCACUAUUAUGAGCAGGAUGAACUCGAGGGAGCCCCAUGGGCGACAAAUCUUAGCGAUUGCGUCAACUACUUGACCGCUGAUCCUGGUAGCAGAUGUGCCGCGCUCAAAUUCGGCCCUCGAAAUCUCGCUAUUUUGCCUUUCAAGCAAGGAGACGAGGAUGUCAAUAUGGAUGACUGGGAUGAGGAGCUGGAUGGACCGCGACCGAGCGACAAGACAAUAAUGAAGGUCACAAAUGGUGAAGAUGGUAAGGGCGAUACGCCGUAUGGAUCGUCCUUUGUUCUUCGUCUUCCGUCUCUCGACCCUACCUUAAUUCAUCCAGUCCACCUGGCCUUCCUCUACGAGUACCGAGAACCUACAUUUGGCAUACUCUCGUCUACUAUGGUGCCGUCGGCUUCCCUGUUGCACGAGAGGAAGGAUCAUUUGACAUACAUGGUCUUUACUCUAGACCUCCAUCAACGAGCAUCAACGACGAUUCUCUCUGUCAGCGGUUUGCCAUUUGACUUAUUCCAGAUCGUGCCUGUACCUGCCCCCGUUGGUGGAGCCCUCCUAGUGGGCACUAACCAGUUGAUCCAUAUUGACCAGGCAGGCAAAGCCAACGGUGUUGGGGUAAAUCCUUUCGCCAAGCAAACAACAUCAUUUGGACUCGCAGAUCAAUCAGAUCUUGAGAUGCGACUGGAAAGUUGUAGGAUUGAGCAACUCUCAAUCCAGAAUGGCGAGAUGCUCAUAAUACUCCAUGACGGCGCACUAGCUAUUUUGAGCUUUAAAAUGGACGGUAGAUCUGUAUCUGGCUUGAGCAUCAGACGAGUGGCAGACGAAUCCGGAGGUUCUAUCAUUUCAACAGGUGCAUCCACAGUGAGCCCACUAGGUGCAAAUGCGCUAUUUGUUGGCAGUGAAGGCUCCGAUUCUGUUGUACUAGGCUGGACUCGAAAGUCAAACCAGGUCUCGCGCCGGAAGUCGCGCUUAGACUUACCCGAUGGAAUGGAUGAUGGGUUCCUUGACGAAGAUGAAGAUGAUGAGGACGAUAUUGAUGAUGACCUGUACGGCGACGCCCCAGCAACUGCACAGGCUGGUGCUGUUCCAACAGAUUCAAGCACCACUAAGGCUGGCGAUUACAUCUUUCAGAUACAUGAUUCGCUAGUAAGUAUUGCCCCGAUAAUAGGCACGGACUUUGGCAACGCUGCGUUCUAUAGAGAUGACGAAGAGAAACGUAACUCUGAAGGCGUCAGGAGUGAAUUAGAACUAGUAGCCGCUGUUGGACGAAACAAAGGAGGAUCUCUCGCUAUCAUCCAUCAAAAUAUUCAGCCCAAAAUCAUAGGCAGGUUUGAGUUCCCAGAAGCCCGGGGGAUUUGGACAAUAAGUGCAAAGAGGCCCACAACAAAAGGUCUGGAGGCCGGUAAAGAGAAAAGCGAGCUGAGCGGUGACUACGGCGAGGAUGCACAAUAUGACAGACUCAUGAUAGUUUCCAAGGCACUCCCUGAUACCCCGGAGGUAUCGGAUGUGUAUGUACUAACAUCGGCGGGAUUCGAAGCAUUAACAGGAAGCGAAUUCGAACCUGCUGCUGGAUCAACGAUUGAAGCCGGGACUCUAGGCAACGGUAUGCGUGUCAUCCAAGUAUUAAAGUCCGAGGUUCGAAGUUACGAUGGUGAUCUCGGAUUGGCACAGAUCCUCCCGAUGUAUGAUGACGAUACCGGAGCCGAACCAAAAAUUGUCAGCGCGAGCUUCGCCGACCCGUUUCUGCUACUCGUCAGGGAUGAUGCGAGCAUUUUUGUGGCCCAGUGCGAUGACAACAAUGAGUUAGAAGAAAUUGAGAGGGAAGAUGACGGGUUGUUGACGACCAAGUGGCUUACUGGUUGUUUAUAUACGGAUACAACGGAUAAAUUUGCAACUGUCCAGUCUGACAAGGGCGGCCGAAAUGUUAUGAUGUUCUUACUCAGUGCUGGGGGAGCGCUCCACAUAUAUGCCUUGCCUGACUUGUCAAAAGCGGUCUACGUGGCCGAGGGUCUUUGUUUCGUUCCACCCGUAUUGUCCGCCGACUAUGCCGCCAGAAGGUCUGCGGCUCGGGAGGCCUUGACUGAGAUCCUGGUAGCAGAUCUUGGAGAUGCUGUCUCUAAAUCACCUUAUCUUAUUCUACGUCCAUCCAGUGACGAUCUUACCAUAUAUGAACCCUUUCGCACCAACUCUCAGUCUUCUUCGGAUAGCUUAUCAUCAAGUCUCCAUUUCCUGAAGAUGCAUAAUCCUCACUUGGCGAAGAAUACUUAUACCUCUGCUGAGGAACCAAGUAACAUGGGAGACCACCCAAUGCGAACCAUUUCCAACCUGGGUGGCUACAGCGCAGUUUUCCUACCUGGCGGUUCACCGAGCUUCAUCCUGAAGAAUGCGAAGAGUACUCCAAAAGUCAUUAGUCUACAAGGCACUGGUGUGAGAGGUAUGAGUGGCUUUCACACAGCGGGUUGCGACAGAGGCUUCAUCUACGCAGAUGUCGAAGGCAUAGCUCGAGUAGCACAAUUACCCGCAGAUGAGAACUUCACAGAACUGGGAGUAUCAUUACGGAAAGUGCCUCUCAAUGAGGCUAUUCAUGCUGUCGCUUAUCAUCCACCUAUGGAGUGUUAUGUCGUUGGCACCAGUACCGGGACUGAAUUUGAGCUACCCAAAGAUGACGACCACCGUCGUGACUGGCAACGCGAAGAUACUUCUUUCAAGCCGACAAUGGAACAAGGCUAUCUCAAACUCAUAAAUCCACUAAACUGGUCGAUUAUUGAUACCAUCGAACUAGAGCCAUUUGAGGUGAUCAUGUGUGUAAAUACACUUAACCUCGAAAUUUCGGAAACCACCAAUGAACGGAGACAACUGAUCACGGUCGGCACAGCGAUUUCCAGAGGCGAAGAUCUCCCAAUCAAGGGGAAGCUGUACGUCUACGAUGUUGUGAAUGUGGUGCCAGAACCAGACCGCCCAGAAACAAAUAAGAGGUUAAAGCUCGUAGCAAAAGAAGAGAUUCCUCGGGGUGCUAUCACCGGAGUCUCGGAGAUAGGUACGCAGGGAUUCAUGCUCGUGGCUCAAGGGCAGAAGUGCAUGGUUCGCGGCUUGAAGGAAGACGGCACGCUUCUCCCCGUUGCAUUCAUGGACAUGAAUUGCUACGUUACCGCGGUGAAGGAACUUCGCGGCACGGGCUUAUGUGUUCUCUCUGAUGCCGUAAAAGGGGCUUGGUUCGUAGGUUAUACGGAAGAACCUUACAAGAUGAUCUUGUUUGGCAAGUCCGCUACAAAUAUGGAGAUCGUGACAGCAGAUCUGUUACCUGAUGGCAAGGAAUUAUAUAUCGUGGUGGCGGAUGCGAAUUGCAACCUGCAUAUCAUGCAGUUUGAUCCUGAAAAUCCCAAAUCUCUCCACGGUCACCUACUCCUACACCGUACGACCUUCGCCCUAGGCGGCCAUCUUCCCACUGCCAUGACACUCCUCCCACGUACCACCAGCACAUCAUCCACCCCUAUCGCACCCAGCAGCCCUGAUGACAUGGAUACAACCUUCCCAGCCCCCAUCCCCCAACACCAAAUCCUCAUGCCCACCACCACAGGUUCCAUAUGCCUUCUCACCCCCCUCUCCGAAUCACAAUACCGGAGCCUCAGCACCCUCACCAGCCAUCUCACCAAUACGCUAUAUCACGCCGGCGGUCUCAACCCCAGAGCGUAUAGAAUUGACAAGGAUGCACCGGAGGCGAUGGUUGGUGGACGGGCGGUAGUUGAUGGCGUUAUUUUGAUGAGGUGGAUGGAGCUGGGGAGUCAGAGACGGGUGGAGGUCGCGGGACGGGUUGGGGUUGAUGUCGAGGAGGUUAGAGAAGAUUUGCUUGCACUUAGAGGUGGACUGGAUUAUCUAUGA